AUGGCUGAAUCGAACAAGGCGCAUGCGUGCAAUGAGUGUCGACGACGAAAAGCACGAUGCUCGCGCGAGCUACCAGUCUGCGCGCAAUGUCUCCAAUGGCGCCGGCACUGCCUGUAUGAAAAGCCGAAGCGGAGUCCUCUGACGCGCAAAUAUCUAACCGAAGUCGAGGAAUCCCUCCGCAUCACCACGCAAAUCAUCCGCGAUCACGGCCUCAACGUCGACCUCGAUGCCGAAUUGGCGCGCGCAAGAAAUGGAACAAGUCAGACUUACCGGCCGUCUCCUCCAAAGAGUGAGGUGACCACGCCACCGGGCGGGUUGAAGAGAUCCCGGAUGGCAACGGAUGAGCCCGUUGAGGACCGGGACAAAUCGCCGGAAUACACACAGAUCGAAUCUGGCAUCUUCGAGCCUUGUCUGGAGAUGCUGAUCUCAGAUGGCAGUAUUGAGGAGCCUGUUCCCACGGACUUUCUUCCAACCGCCACUACCGACAAUCCCGUGGCAAAUGGAGCUGAUUAUGACUGGGACGAGAGGAAUACUGAAGCGCAGAGCUGUAUUGACGGCAUGGCGGCCUUGUCCAUCCAAGGAGUACGGCCGGGAUACCUCGGUCUGGCAUCUGGAGCGGUGCUGCUUCAUCUCAUCAAAAGCCACUUCACAGACCCAUUCUCCGCUGCGUUGCCAAAUACAUCACAAUCCAACCCCGAGACUGAACCGUCGCAAAAAGUGCAAGUCAACUUGCAGCGUGAGAUUCCCCCGCACAAGAUCGAGGCAUAUGUCGCCAGCUACUUCAACGAAUACCACACCAAUUACCCUCUCGUCCACCAGGGACUCUUUAUGGCCCACUUCCAUGAGAUCGUUCCCAGGCCAAAGUAUGGAUGGACAGUGUUGAUGUACAUCGUCGCUGCCCUAGGUGCAUUUAUGUCAGCCACGUCCCCCAACGACGACGACCUCGUCCUAUACCAAUGCGCUCGCUCCCACCUAUCCGUCGAGAUUCUCGAAGUCGGCAGCUUGACUUUAGUGCAAAGCCUCAGCCUCAUCUCAAACUACCUCCAAAAGCGCGACCGUCCCAACUCAAGCCACAACUACCUCGGCCUCGCCGUCCGCAUGGCCUACGGCUUAGGUCUACACAAAGACCACCCAAGCGUGGAAGGAAACCUCCUCUACCGCGAAAUCCGCCGUCGAACCUGGUGGUGCCUGUACAUCUUCGACGCCGGCUCAACAAUAACAUUCAGCCGACCCCUCGCCAUCCCCUCCGCCGGCAUCGACUCCAAGCUCCCCCUCAACAUAUCUGAAAGCGAUCUAACCGUCUCAGCAACCGUCGCGCCAGAAAGCAUCAACGCCCCAACAAUCUACACAAACGUCCGCGUGCAGUCCCAAUUCCACCUCCUCACAAACCACAUCUACAACCGGAUAAUCUCCAAGCCCUCGCCAUCCGCCAAACAAGUCCUCGAAUGGGACGACUUCUACAUGACAAAAUGGCUCAAUCUCGUCCCGGAAUACUACAAAGAGACCGCCACCGUCCCCGUCCGACACCAAUUCGCACAUGCAAUCAUGACCUGGCGAUACAAGCACUUCCGCCUAAUAAUCUACCGACCCUUUCUCAUUCAGAAAACCCUCCAAAUAGCCCGCCCACAAACAGCCUACUUCAACGCAUUCCCGAUCCCACCCAGCAACAUCGAAACCUCUCCAGCAUCACAGCCCUACAUCGACCUAGCUUGCGAGCGCUGCCAGAAAGAAUCCCACGAAACAAUCACAUGCAUCGACAAAUUCUGGAACAGCACAGCCCACACCCGCAUGGCGUGCUGGUACGCGCUAUACUUCCUUUUCUCCGCAACACUGGUCCCCGUCAUUCUGCUGCAUAGUGAGCCGCAGUCACCGCUUGUCGAGGCUUGGCAGGAGGAUAUCGAUAAGGCGAUUGCGAUUAUAAAGAGUAUGGUUGGUUUGAGUCCCUUUGCGGGACGUUGUUUUGAGACGUUAGAGCGGUUGAGGAAUGGGGUUGCGAGUCCGGGUCCCGAGAUGGGUGAGACGGUGCAGGAGAUGCCGACGCUGUCUGAUCCGUUGAAUCAGAUUCCGCUUGCACAGUUGUUUUCGAGUUCGACGGGGUGGUUUGAGGUGCCGGAGGUCUAUUUUGAGGAGCAGAUGUGGUGA